UCUCCCAAUAUCCAUGUAGCUCCAGGCGGUGUGUAACUGCUGAGCCAAUUGUGAAGGAAGCAAGGUGGGGGGCUGCCAGACAUGGCGUUGUACAGCCCCGAAUCACUCAUGACUCUGUGCACAAAGUACUGUCUGCACAACCUGGAAGGAACCCUGUGCUACAUGCAAGACAAUGAGACCCUGAGACUCCAUCCUGACGUCUUCCUGCCCAGUGAGAUCUGUGACCGCCUCGUCAACAUGUAUAUGGACCUGGUAAAUACAGACAAUAGCUUCCAGCCACACGAAAGCUUCUUCAGCUUGUUCUCAGAUCAUCGGAGCACCCGACUAACUCACAUACACCUGAGGGGCAUUCAGGAGGAUAUCGUGCAGGAUCAGGACUUGGUGGCCUUUUCUAAGCAGGAUCUGGUUGAGCUCCGCCUGGUUAACUGUGAGAAGCUCUCAGCCAAGAGUCUGCAGACUCUAAAUAACUUUCGUAGCACAUUGGUUUCCCUCAGCCUGUUUGGCUGCAAGAACAUUUUUUACGAGGAGGAGAACCCUGGUGGCUGCGAGGGAGAUAAUGAAAGCCUGGUGAACCCCACACGGCAGGUCCUGGUCAGAGAUUUCACCUUCGCUGGCUUCCACAGGCUCUGCUUCCUCAACCUGGGUCACCUGACAGAUGGAGUGGAUGUGGACCGACUCCUGCGGCCGCUGACCUCCCUCACCUCGCUCGACCUCUCUGGCGUUCAGCUCAAUGACAUCCAGUUUCUGCUUCAGUGGCAGAAGCGGCUUGGAUCACUGGUUCUGUACAACAUGGACCUCUCUGAGGAGCAUAUCUGGGUCCUUUUGCAACUCACUAACCUCAGACAUUUGGAUAUUUCUCGUGACAGAACUUCGAGUUUUUACAAAUUCAAGCUUACCCGGAAAGUCCUUACUGCCUUUGCACAGAACCUUAAAAACCUUGUCUCAUUGGACAUCUCAGGGCACCUGAUGCUGGAUAACUCUGCAAUCUCAUGCCAUGAUGAGGCUCUGGGUCCUGCAAGCAACGAACCACAGAAGAGCAGCAUUGAACCAUUCCGUGCACUGAGGAGAUCUUUUCAGUUUUUGGGACUGUUUGACACCACACUUUGUAACCUAACUCAUAUUCCUGCCCACAAGAUAACUGGUGAAGCAAAUGAGGAUCAAAUCCUGAAUGCCAUAGAAGCUUACACUGAAUACCGGCCAGAGAUUGCGUCACGUGCAAUAAACCAUCUCUUCGAUAUCGCACGGAUUGAACAGUGUGACCAACCAUUGCGAGCUCUACAGCUGGUGAUCUCUGCAUUGAAGUAUCACAAAUUUGAUAAAAGUGUUCAGGUGACAGGAAGCGCAGCUCUCUUCUAUCUGACUGGCUCAGAUUACCGGCACGAACAGAGCAUCAAGCUCCGCCGCCAGGUCAUUCAGGUGGUGUUGAAUGGUAUGGAGUCCUAUCAGGAGGUGACGGUACAACGGAAUUGCUGCUUGACGCUCUGCAACUUUAGUAUUCCAGAGGAGUUGGAGUUCCAGUACCGGCGGGUCAAUGAGCUGCUCCUCAGUAUCCUCAACCAGACUCGACAGGACGAGUCCAUUCAACGUAUAGCAGUGCAUCUUUGCAAUGCACUGGUAUGCCAAGUUGACAAUGAUCACAAGGAAGCAGUGGGGAAGAUGGGCUUUGUCACGACAAUGUUGAAGUUGAUUCAGAAAAAAUUGACAGACAAAGUGUGUGACCAGGUUAUGGAGUUUUCAUGGAGUGCACUAUGGAAUAUUACUGACGAAACUCCUGAUAACUGUGAAAUGUUUCUGAACUGCAAUGGAAUGAAGCUGUUUCUGGAAUGUUUGAAUGAGUUCCAAGGAAAACAAGAAUUACACAGGAACAUGCUGGGACUGCUGGGAAAUGUCGCUGAGGUCAAACAUCUUCGACCGCAUCUGAUGACAACACAAUUCAUCAGUGUCUUCAGCCGUCUCUUAGAAAGUAAUGCAGAUGGGAUUGAGGUGUCAUAUAAUGCGUGUGGAGUUCUGUCUCACAUCAUAUUCGAUGGAGAUGAGGCCUGGACCAUCACAGAACCACAGCGUGUGGAAGUAAUGGAUCGAAUGUGGCGAGCAAUCUCCAGCUGGGAUGAGAAUUCAAGAAGAAACAUUAACUACAGGUCUUUUGAGCCAAUUCUACGCCUUCUCCCUCAGCAAGUGGCUCCAGUCAGCCAGCAUUGGGCAACAUGGGCUCUGUUUAACCUUACGUCUGUUUAUCCUGAGAAAUACUGUCCAUUGCUGAUCAAAGAGAAUGGAAUUGAACUGCUGAAGGGAGUGAUUGAGAGUGAUGCAGCUAGACCGGAGACCAAAGCGAUGGCAAGGUACAUGAAGAACUUUCACACAUGACUGUGUAUACGUGAUGAAAACGGAAAGUGCUGGAGAAAUGAAGCAGCGAGGUCAUCUGUUUCUGCGAGAUUUUUAAAGAGGAGCGGAUGGACACAUCCAGAUAAAGGCUGAGGACAAGUUGUCACUUACCCUCACUACUUCCUGUCAUGCGUGGCAUCUGUGUAAAUACUGAGGAAUCUUCUGUUCAGCUAGACAACAAUGCAUCAGAUGCAUUGGAGGGAGGAGCCUCUGUGCAAGACACACUGUUUCAGAUGACACGCAGGGGGAAACGUUCGGUGUUGCACAAGAAAAUGUUAAUUCACAUCAUUUUUAUUGAAUGAGACAUUAGCGUUUUCUCUCUCGCUCUUUUUUUCCUCUUUACUCCUCUGUCCCUCAUUCUCCAUGAUACUUUUCCUCCCUCCAUACUUUCUCAAAUCUCUUUCUCCUUCUUUCACUUUCCCUACCUUGCGUUUUAUCACACUAUGUGGUGUUCUCACCACCUCUGUUAUUGUUCCAAUAUUUUUUUUCUUUCUCUCUCUAUACUAUUUACGAUCUCCUUCCCAUCUUCUUAUCUCUCUGUAAAUUGUGCUUCCAUGGUUUGUCUUGAAUUUUUUUGAUUGUGAAACCCCUCGGGCUGUGCCAGUUACUCAAAUGUCAACGGUUAUAAACUUUUAGGGAAAAAACCAAACAGAAUAAUUAAUAAAUGAUUUGUUGUUGA